GAAUUGCACGGAUCAGAGGUUCACUGCUUUGUAAGCGAAGUCUGUUCUUUUUGACCCUCUGUGGUUUCCGUAGCACGCAGUACUGCAACGUGCAAGCCCAUAGUGAGGUCUUUAGGUUUAGAAUUGAAAACGCCGUGAGCAGAAACUUUAACACUUCAACAAUUAUGGCUGAAAACCAAGAAAUGUCUCCAGUUGAGAUGAAAGUGGCGAGGCAGUUGGAGUAUUACUUUGGAGAUCACAACCUUCCGAGAGAUAAGUUCCUGAAGGAGCAGCUGCAGCUGGAUGAUGGUUGGGUUACCUUGGAGACCAUGCUGAAAUUCAACAGACUGAGGUCUUUGACCACAGAGAGCAGCGUCAUCAUCUCCGCUCUGCAGAAAUCAAAGACCGGCCUCUUGGAAAUUAGCGAAGACAAGACUAAAGUCAGGAGAUCGCUGGAGAAACCGUUACCGGAAUUGAACGAUGAAUUCAGAGACGCAGUCAAACACAGAUCUGUGUACAUUAAAGGUUUUCCUCUUGAAACAACUCUGGAUGAGAUCCAGGAGUGGCUGAAUGGGAAAGGAAAUGUGGAAAACAUUCAAAUGAGGAGAACCCUGCAAAAGAAGUUCAAGGGAUCUGUGUUUGUAUGCUUUGACAGUGAGGAGUCAUCUAAAGAGUUCCUGGAGCGAUCAGACAUCAAAUCAUUCAAAGACAAUGACAUGCUUGUGCUGUCGAGGGAAGCCUACCACACGAAGAAGGCAGACGAGAGAAAACAGUUCAAAGCGGACACCAAAGCUAAAGCCAAACAGGAAAAGGAGCAACAACAAAAAAAUGUAGAAGAAAAAGAAAUGGGACUUCUUCUGGAGGAACAGACGGGUUGUCUGCUGAAAUUCUCUGGAGAGCUUGAAGAUGUCUCAAGAGAAGAUUUUCACACACUGUUUUCAGGGCACGGAAAGAUCAAGUGGGUUGAUUUUGCCAGAGGGGCCAAAGAGGGCACCCUUCUUUUUGAUGGAAAUGCUAAGGAAGCCUUUGAAAAAGCCAAAGAAGCAAACGGUGGAGAACUGAAAAUCAAGGACAACGAUGUCACAUGGCAGCUGCUGGAGGGAGACGAGGAGAAGGAAGUGCUGAAGAAGAUUAUCGAAGCUCAACAAGAAUCGUUAAGCAGAUCCAAAGGAAGGGGAAGAGGACGAUCAGGUGGUAGAGGAAGAGGAGGCCGAAGGGGAAGAGGUGGAAGAGAUCACGGCAGAACUCAGUUCCAAGGAAAGAAGACAAAGUUUAACAGUGAUGAUGAAGACGAGGAGGAAGAUGCACCUGCUCCCCAAAAAAGAGACCUUGAAGACGCCGAUGGUCCUGCAGCAAAAGUUGCCAAAACUGAAAACGGAUCUUAAUGACGAGAACACAGUUUUUUUCUUUUCUAAAAACAUUUAUUACAAAUAGAGAUGAGUUAAAUCCAUUCCAGUGAAAGCUUCAAGCCUUGAAAAGACGUAGGAAGUCCACCUGAAUAUCGACCUAUAAGGAGAAUUGUAAAUCUUUGGGUCAGUUUGCAGCUUUCAAAUUAUGUUGUGCCUCUCAAAAUAUUAGGAUUAUUUUCCUCUGAAGAUAUUUUGUUUUUAGAAAAGUCAUCAUAAACCUGCUUUUGACAGUAAUUUAAUUUCUCCAGAAUGUUUUAGUUGUGUUUUUCCUAUAAGACAUGUGAUAUUUGCAACAUGUGCCACAUUGUUUUGUGUUUGUAGACUUCCUAAACUGAGAAAUAUGUACUUGGCUAUUUUUUUUUAAGUAAGCAUAUGUGAAUAGCAAAUACAACAUUUAUAAAAACAAACA